CCGGGCAGGCAGGCAGUCGAGUCUGAGACGCGGAGCGGCACGGGUCGGUGCUGGGCGCGGCGCGGAGUGCGUACUGGCGUCGCGAGGUGGCACGCCGCGUGCAAGGACUUAUCGCUGUUGUGCCCCGCGAGUGUCUCCGACAGUGUCUCUGUGUGUGUGUGUCUGUGUGUGUUCCUCGUCGCUGACACCAGCGUCGCUCGCCGAAGACGACACUCCCUCUGCCCUGCUGGGCUGAUAUAUGAUGCUGGACGUUGACCCAAGAUUGGCGACGCCUCUGAGAGCGUGAGCGCGCGCGCCGUGGAUGUGCGCGCCGUGCUGCGGCCUGUGCCCCGGCCUGUGCCCCGGGCCGCACCUCGCCGACGUCAUGCCGACGCAGGGCUGGUUCUCGUCGCUGCGCCGGCCGCGGAGGAAGUCCAAGCAGCACGGCGGGCCCGGCCCCGGGCCGCCGGGCGGCGCCGGGCUGGGCUUCGACUACCGCCGGGCGCGAUCCGCCUGGGACCUGUCUUCUAGUCGCAUGCAACUCAAAGAUGAGCUCGGUGAAGUCGUGGGGGAGAUGGAGAACAUGGACUCCGCAGACGAGAGCAAGAACAACACGCGGGCCAAGCAGAUGUCCAUUGGCCGCAAGAAGUUCAACAUGGACCCGAAGAAAGGCAUCGAGUUCCUCAUCGAGCAUGGUCUCCUCAGCAACACGUGCGAGGAUGUGGCCGCUUUCCUGUACAAGGGCGAGGGACUCAACAAGACGGCCAUCGGCGACUACCUGGGCGAGCGCAAUGACUUCAAUGAACGUGUGCUAAGGGCCUUCGUCGACCUGCACGACUUCACGGACCUGAUCCUGGUCCAGGCCCUCAGACAAUUUUUGUGGAGUUUUCGACUUCCCGGAGAGGCACAAAAGAUUGAUAGAAUGAUGGAAUGUUUCGCUCAAAGAUAUUGCCAACUUAAUCCAAAUAUCUUUACCAAUACAGAUACGUGCUAUGUAUUAUCGUUUGCAAUUAUUAUGUUGAAUACAAGUUUACACAAUCCAAGUGUUAAAGAAAAGCCUACUGUUGAACAAUUUAUAUCAAUGAACCGUGGCAUUAACAAUGGAGGAGAUCUUCCAAGGGAACUAUUAGUUAGUUUAUAUGACAGUAUAAAAACAGAGCCAUUCAAGAUUCCAGAAGAUGAUGGCAAUGAUCUCAUGCAUACCUUCUUCAAUCCGGACAAAGAGGGUUGGCUAUGGAAACAAGGGGGACGAUAUAAAAGCUGGAAGAGGAGGUGGUUCAUUUUAAAUGACAAUUGUCUGUAUUACUUUGAGUACACAACUGACAAAGAACCAAGGGGAAUCAUUCCGCUGGAAAACAUUAAAGUCAGAGAAGUUGCUGAUCGGAACAAGCCUCAUUGCUUUGAGCUUUAUGCUUCAGGGUCAGACUUCAUCAAAGCUUGUAAAACUGAUAGUGAAGGAAAAGUUGUAGAGGGUAAACACACAGUCUACAGAAUGUCAGCUGCCACUCCGGAAGAGAAAGAGGAAUGGAUAAAAUGUGUGAGACAAAGUAUUAGUCAUAACCCAUUUUAUGACAUGCUAUCAGCUCGUAAAAAGAAAGCUCAAAAGAACAAUGUUCACCACCAUCAUCAUGCAAGAACUUAGCUCUGUGAUCCUCUUAGCUAAUAAGUAUUUCAUAAUAGUGAUCCAUCUCUUUUGUUAGUGUCAACUUGGUGAUCUGUGCCAGAGGGUAUCCAUUUGUACUUUGACUUGGUUUGGUAUUUAAACUUUUCAUUUAUAAUGGGUACUGGUUAUUUCCCUUGUGUUGUGAUCUCAGAUUUAUGUUGUUGGUGUUUCCAGAUUUGUUUCUUUCCUAUCAUAUGACUUGUAAAAUCAUACCCUGUCAAAAAUAAUUAUAAAGUACUGUGCCUUUUCCGAUUGCACAAUAGUUUUUGUUCUGAAUAUUCCUGUCUUCUGAGAUGAAAGCAGAGUAAGUUUUGGUGUAGUUUGACACACACAACCGGUGUAAAGCCUCCCGUUACAAUUAUUUGUUAGAAUUAUUUUUUUUCAAGUAGGACUUUAUCAUUAAAACAAGACAAAUAGUAGGUUAAUAUAGGUAUACAUUAACCAAAUUAAUCCAUAUGUUGGAAAUAUCGUUUUUGUUGUUUAUCAAUCUUUUUUUUUUUUUUUUUGUACCUAUCUUUCCAUGAAUUUUAUUCUACUUUUAUGCAUCCAGGGGCCAUGUGUACUGCAUGUCUGGUUCUUUGUCUUUUUAGGUAGGGUUAUUUUCUUCCCGGUAAUUAUAAUCACUCAUUUGAUUCUGUGAUUCCUUUUUUCUAUUUCCAAGAAAAGGAAAAUUAAUCGUGCCUUGUUUGCUCUGUGGGUCAGUGUUUCUGAAGUGUUCUGCUUGACCAGUUCUAAUGUUUGGUUGAAGAGGACUUGUUGGGAACAUGUCUAAUUAUGUAAACGUAUAUACAUAUAUUGAUUACAAUUUUGUGGCUGUUGAUGUCCUCAUUAAUGAACUUGUUGGGUUUUCUAAUUAUUUUAUCUCUUUCAUGAUUUCAUACAUCUUUAUUGUACGUUUUACCAAUGGGCUCCCUCUGUUUGAUUAUUUUAUCAAGUGGUUUUUCUGAACACAUUGAAGAUUGCCCAUUGUUUAAAAUGCACGUUGUGGUGUAUUUUGGCUACCACUCUUUGUGUUACCAAACCUGUUACAACAAUUUUUAGUUAGUUGAGCAUCACCUUUUUCUUAAUGAUUGGAUGGAGUUGUGUAGUCUGACUGAUAUUCUAACAUUUUGGGGGACUUAGGUUAAUUUAAAGUUUAUUGGAAUUUAAUGUCAGGUACAUAUGGAUUGAUCCUUUUGUGGGUUCUAGAUCUGGAAAAGAUCCUUUUGUGGAUUCUAGGUCUGGAAAAGAGUUGCUGUAUUAAAAGAUUUUAUCUAUUGAACAAAGGGAGAUCGAAGCUGGAAUCAAUGUCUAUCUAGUUAAUAUUCAUAAUGUUUAUUUAUUUAUCACAUUUUUUGUGUGUAUGUGUGUAGUUCUGUUAAAUCCAAACUGUAAAUAUGUUGAUAGUUUUAAAAUUACUGUAUGUAUUCAUGUAUGUAUGUAAGUAUGUAUGUAUGUAUGCUUGUAUGUAUUCUUACACAAUAGUUGUAUUGUAAAUUUCCAACUGUAUAUUUUGUUGAUUGUUCAAUUGAUUUUGGAGCUUGUACAUAGACUUGUAAAUUAUUGAUUUGUUUUGUAUAUGUACAUAAGUUGUUGUUUUUGGCAGGGUACAUUAGAACCUGGAAGUGAGUAAUUUGGGGUGCAUUCCUGAGCUCUAUAGCAUACACGCUUAAGUGGGAAAAAAAACAAA